AUGAAACAAAAAUCAGACUCAGACAACAACGCAACUUCGGACGGAUCCGGAGACUCCGACACCCUCUCCCUGCUUCGCCCUUCUCUUUCACUUCUCAAGCGUCGUAGUUUCACCGCCUGUCGCGACUUCACUCUCAAGAUCACCAGAUCCGACGCCAACACCUCUCUCCAGAUCGACCAAAUCCUUGCGGUUUCCGACGUUCUCGCCGCCGCAGAGCGCCGCCAUGACCCGCUCGACUGGUACUCCAUCCUACGCCUCAGUCCGGGCGACGCCGCCGCGGACCGGGACCUCGUACGACAGCAGUUCAAGACCCUAGUGCGUCUCCUGGACCCUAACAAGAACAAGUUUCCCUUUGCAGACGAGGCCCUCAUGCGCGUGCGCGAAGCCUGGUGUGUCCUCUCUGACCCCACACUCAAGGCCAGUUUUGACAGCACAAUUCAAAAUGCGACUUCUUCGUUUUGGACAAUGUGCCCUUACUGCUGGUACCUCCACGAAUACCUGAAGUGCUACGAGGAUUGCACGCUGAGGUGCGCCAAUUGCCAGAAGACGUUUCACGGCGCGGCGGUGAAGCCCCCGUCGCCUGAGUCAUUGGUGGCGGGGAAAGAGGAGUACUACUGUUACCACAUGAGUUUGCCGCUUAGGUAUCCUAUUGGUGAACGGCGUAGUUUUGGUGAAGAGAAUGGGAUGCGAAAGAGGUUGAGGGUUAAAACAGUGGCUAAUAGGACUAGAAUGAAAGGAUUUGUUAGUGCCAUUGUUGACUCGGAUUCUGAGGGUGAGGAGAAAGAUGAAGAAAGGUAG